GAUGGGAGUUGCCCAAACAAAAAUGUAUAGCAGGCUUCCGAAGCAGCAGCAGCCCCUCAUCAAGAGGCAGGGAGUUCCAAAGUGCAAAUGCUGCCACACCGCGUCAUGAAUCCUUCAUUCUCCUCCUCCUCGUCGUCUAUUUCCAUACAUUAAAGUGACGUGGCCCUUGGCUCGGCCCCACCUUUCUCACAGAACUCGGCCCGGGCUUCGAGGAAGCAGCCGCCUCCGUAGAGUGGCGGGCCUUUUGGCAGGCGGAACCUUUGUCGCGGCUGCCUCCGGGGCAACAGGGAGAACCUUCGCGCCGGGGGACGGCGUGUGCCCUUGGGAUAAGGGACCCCCUUUCCUGUUGUGGGGCCGGGCUUCCGGCUAGGGGAAGAAAUCAGGUGACAGUUGCCGUUCGGGCGGAGGUGGAGUUCGAGAGAGCGAAGGGCCGCGAGCGGCGGAAGGCGCCAGCCGGAGGAGCCCGCGCCGACUCCGGUGAGAGCCCCGCAGGAGGCCAAGGGGGAGGUCCCCGGGGUCGGCGAAGGGGGAGCUUGACCUUGGCCGGGCCGGGGGCCUGUCAGGAGAGAAUUUCCGCCUUGGGAGCAGGUGCCGGGGCUCCCGACUCGCCUCCUGCUCUCUGUGGGGUGGCGGGUAUGGGGGUCGAGGCUGCUGGUCAGGCUCAGUAUGUUGCCUUUCAUCAUUCCCUCAUGUAAAGUGUCGGGGUGGGGGGGCUCGUCUGGCUGACCGCUGUUGGAAACGGAAUACAGUGGUACCUCGGGUUAAGUACUUAAUUCGUUCCGGAGGUACGUUCUUAACCUGAAACUGUUCUUAACCUGAAGGUACCACUGUACUGGGAUCCGAGGUACCACUGUACUGGGAUCUCCAUGGAUCCCAGCUUGGCCCAAUCCAGCUGGGUAGGGAGGGAGAGCCUAUCAGUGGUAGGAUAGCCGAAUACAGUGGUACCUCGAGUUACAUACGCUUCAGGUUACACACUCCACUAACCCAGAAAUAGUGCUUCAGGUUAAGAAUUUUGCUUCAGGAUUAGAACAGAAAUCGGGCUCCGAUGGCACGGAGGCAGCAGGAGGCCCCAUUAGCUAAAGUGGUGCUUCAGGUUAAGAACAGUUUCAGGUUAAGAACGGACCUCCGGAACGAAUUAAGUACUUAACCCGAGGUACCACUGUACAGCCUUAUUUUCCCCAAUGUUGUUGUUGUAGCCGAAUACUGUAGAGCCUUAUUCUCCCCAACAUUGUUGUUGUUGUUGUAGCCGAACAGAACCUUAUUUUCCCCAACAUUAUUACAGUGGUACCUCGGGUUAAGAACUUAAUUCGUUCUGGAGGUCCGUUCUUAACCUGAAACUAUUCUUAACCUGAGGUACGACUUUAGCUAAUGGGGCCUCCCGCUGCCACCGCACGAUUUCUGUUCUCAUCCUGAAGCAAAGUUCUUAACCCGAGGUACUAUUUCUGGGUUAGCAGAGUCUGUAACCUGAAGCAUCUGUAACCUGAAGUGUCUGUAACCCGAGGUACCACUGUAUUGCUAUUUAUUAUAUCCUACGGGAGGCAGUGGAAGACAGGAGUGCCUGGCGUGCUCUGGUCCAUGGGGUCACGAAGAGUCAGACACAACUAAACGACUAAACUCCUUUUCUCCAAGGAGUUCUAAGUGUCUGGCAUGUUCCUCCCCUUGUCCAUUUUAUCCUUGCAACAAGGAUAAAUUGUGAGGUAGGUUAGGACUAGAGAGACAGUGACUGGCCCAAGGUCUCCCAGUGAGCUUCAUGGCUGUGGUGGGAUUUGAACCUUACUCUCUCUCCCAGGUCCUGGUCCAACACUGUAGCUGCUGUGGUAUACUGGCGGUCUCAUGCCGAAGACUUGGCAUGUUUGCACUGUGGCUUUUAUUUGUUUUAUAGAAUCUAUAUACUGUUUGAUUGUAAAAAAAAGGGGGGGUAUGUCUCAAAGCAGUUUACUCUCUCUCCAUAUAUAAAUGAUUGUUAAAAACAACUGCUUAAAACAUUUAAAAAUAAAACAAUUGAAAAACUAAAAACAUAUUAAAACUGACACAAAAUCUUCACACUUGAGAUGUAUUCUUUUUGGACCCUCCUUAUUUCUGUGAUUGUAAAUGGUCUGCAACAGGAAUUGCAGGAUUUGAUGCAUUCAAAGAGGAGGAAGGGUCUGCAGACAUUUCUUGGCCAUGGUAGCAAAUUGGAGCCGUCAUGUUCAGGGACAGUAUCUACCUCUGAAUAUCAGUUACUAUGGGGGAUGGGCUGUCAACUUCAAGUUCUUUUAAAAAAUACACUUUACUGGUAUUUAGGAAAGUACACACCUUCAUGUCCUUUCUGAAAGCACCAAGGUGACCAUGUUUGAAAGCAGGAUACUGGACUAGAUGAACCAACAGCCCAGCAUACUACCUCUUAUUUGUUAAACUUUAAAAUGUACUUCUUGCCUUGUAGUGCAGAGUGAGGAAGAGAGGUGCCCCUCCCCCUCACUGCAUUCCUGUGGUGAUCAGCUACAGGGAGGCCUAACAAAACCAAAGAUUUUGGGAUUCAGAAUAGUGUGUAGACUUCCAUGUUAUCAGACUGAAGUGUUUUUUCCUGCAGUUUUCUCUCUUGGGUUUUAUAUUCAAUUCCUGUGCAUCACUUGGGUAUUCUCUGAUUGUAGAGUGGCUAAUCAAUUCUGAAAUAAAAUAGAAUAGAGUAGCAGCUCAGAAAAUGAACCCUCUUCUUGUAAUGAACAGAUUACAACAUUAAAAGACUAGCGAUAUAUCCAGCAAAAUGUAACCAAGCCAGGAUUGCUGUUAGUAUGCUUUUUAAUAGCAUGUAGCCAUAGCUUUCAGUUCUAAACUUUUAAAAGGCUUGUUUUAUGUGUGUUCCCCAAAGACUCCAUUUCCCCCUGUAUCAGGCUGUAUAGGCAAAAAUUUGCUGUUAUGUUGAAUCUCUCGGGUCGCCCCAGGCCUUUACAUCUUGGUGCAGGCAUGGUGCAAGACCCUUAACUGAUACAUGAAAAAUAUUGAGUGAACUGGUCUUACUUAAUUCCAUUCAAUUAGUGUUGUUCAUUGUUAAGAUUGUUUAUAAAUUCUGUGUAAGUGCUGGUGAUUUAUUCCUAUGUGUUUCUUCAUUUUUAUCCAUUCAAAACCAGAGCAUUUUGCAAAGACUGUUGGUAGAAGCUGCAUUUGACUUGUGGAAUUUUCUGAUGUUGUUCCUCUAUUCUUCUUCAAGAGUGGCCUUUGUGUGUCUCAGUUAAAUGGCACAAAUAUUUCCCCAAAAGUAAGUGCCACUGAGUUCAGCAGGGUUUACUCCCAAUUAGUUACAUAGGAUGGUGGCUGCCUUUUUAAAACAACCACCACCACCAUGCUUGGGCAUGUGCAGAUAUAGACCUUACUUUGUUGUUUCUGGAAUCCGUCUGGCUCGGGAGACAAUGGAGGAGUGUGCCUUUAAGGGUGAAGUCAAAAGACUUUACUAUAAAUGUAUUAAUGCAGAACUAUUCCAGACAUGGAGAUAAUUUACAUGCAUGAUCUAACAGGUUAAAUUGGAUAUAUAUUUUUUCCAGAAUAAAGGAAUAAUGCAUGCUAAAUGUUUUCUUAGGAACUCGAUUCAGGUAGGUAGCUGUGUUGGUCUGACACAGUCGAAAUAUAUAAAAAACUAAACAAAUUAUCCAGUGGCACCUUAGAGACCAACUAAGUUUGUUCUUGGUAUAAGCUUUCAUGUGCACACAAAAGCUUAUACCAAGAACAAACUAAGUUGGUCUCUAAGGUGCUGCUGGACAAUUUUUUUAUUUUCUUAGGAACUAGUAUGUUAAGAGCGUGAAAUGAAAUGAACAUCUGUGCAGGAGAUCACAUUGAGGUGAUCUGGGCAGUCCCUCCCAAAGUUAUCCAGUUAAUCGCCUGGAAAAAUAUUUUGGGUCCCUAAUGUUCAGCCCUGUAAAAAGACAAAGAAGUAUUUGAAAAAUCAUGUGUGUCAAAAUACAAAUUUUAGCUGCCUGGAUGAGUGACCACCUGAGAUUUUCCCAACCCUAUUCCACAGGCAUUGAUUUUGUUUUGUUUUUGAUGUUAGCUCGUUUGCGUCUAGUGAGCUGUGCAUAAUUAAUCCAAAAGAUUUUGUGGUCACAGAUGACAAGACUUUGUUACAAUGCUCAUACAAUAUUUUAUUUAAAGACUAUUUAAAUAAAAAUCAUAAACAUAUUUACUAUGGAGUAAGUCCACUGAACAAACUGGGGUUACUUCCAAAUAAGCAUAGAUAGGAUUGUGCUGUCAGAGUGGCUUGAAGGCUCAGGAUAGCUGAGAAUUGCAAAACUGGAGCAAAGGUCCAAGGCAGUAUAGUAGAAUGGGAAACAGAGCCUCGAGAAGUCAACAUGUAAAGCAAGGUGUAUGUAUAUCCUGGGUGCAGACACUUAUAUAAAAGGGUAACGUCCAGGUUAGAUAACUUUUCUCCAAAGCAGGAAACCACUAGAACGUUCAUAAGCUUGCAGCUUAAUGUUUCAUGAGAAGUGUCUGGCUUAAUGAAGGUGUGUGUGUGUUUUGCCACUUUUUUUCAUUUGAAAUGCAUGCAUGAUUUUACUAGCAGUGGCUGAAAUACUGAAAAAUCUGUAGAGCUCAGAAGCUGCAUCCAUUAAAGCUUGCUAGCUGAUUGCAAGGCUGCCCUUUGGGAGCCCCCUGCAAAAUGAUGUAACUGAAUGAAAAGAGUUCUGUUGAAAUAGGUGCCUCCUCUUUCCCACUUGCCAAGUUCUGGUGAUGUGGGCAUUAAGCUGCUCUGGACCCACUGUGGAGCUGCGUUCCCCUAUGCAAAAAGCACCAUUUCACAGGAGCCAAGUGGCGAUGCGGAUAAGGUCCCGGUUCAGUACUUGUGCUUUCUCCUUUGGCGUUUUUGCAAGGAAAGGAAGCAGAGAGGGGCUGAAUUCGCUUCAGGUAAGCGAGGCAAAAUGAUAAGAUAGCAGGGAGGGGGUUCUGUUUUUGGAAGAGCCGCAUAGUGUAUUAAGACGGGGGUCCCCUUGUGUAAGAAGUGGACUUCUCAGCUGCUUACACACUGCUGGGUUUUAAAAGUGCUGUAAGCUUUAAUUAGUAUGGUAAUCUACGAAAGUUUGAUUAGUCAUUUGCCAUCAGAUAAAUUAUAAUUGGUGAGCUGAGUUUUCAAGAGCACCCAUGUUUAUGUAUGUUUUGGUUUGUUGACGUGGCAGGAAUGAGAGGGAGAACCUUUCUUUGAACAAUGAGUGGGAGGGUCCUGUUUGUUAAAUUCCAGGUUGUGUUUUCUUUGAUACCUUUGAAUUUUAAUAAAUUCAUUGAGUAGUUGGUUAAAGUGUAAAUGAUUCCUCAGUUUAAAUUGCUGUCAUUUUUUUCAUGCAUAAAACAUGGAGCUGCCAAAUGAAAUCAAUGGUUUUGUCUAAUUGUUGGUGGUUAUUUUUAGCUUUUGAAUUGAAUGUUAGGGUGGAUGUUGUUGCAAUAAGUGGGCCAGUAUAUUGCUUUUACACCCUGAGUUGUAGACAUAUGGUGGCUUGUCUGUGGAUUUUGUUAAGUUGGAAAUGAAGGAUCUUAAGAUUAAUUGAAUGAAUACAAAUUGAGAAAGUUUUUGUUUUUUUAGCGUAUUCUGUUUAAUUCUCAAAGGUGUUCUGCUGUGCAUCCAUGCAUCUUUGUUAAACCCAUCCCCAGCUUUAGCUGUGCCAAGCCCACUGGGAAGUGCCAUGAAUUAAAAAACCAAAAAAGGCUUUGGAUGUAUUAAUAUUAUCAUGCACUGAACUUCAGGGAGUGUUUGUAAACUGCUAUGCUAAAUGUUGCGGGGCUCGGUUAAAAGAAACAAGCAGGGAACUCACUGGGAGGCCUAGAGAUUGCUUUGGUCCCAUCAGUGCCAGUCAUGAGGGUAUAUUAAAACCAGGUUGUUGCUCAGCUUGCCCAAGAUUUCUCUGGACUACGAUAAAAAAUGGCCUGAGGGCUUUCACUGUACAAAAAUAAACACUAUAGAGUAUUAUUUUCCUCAAUCUGGUGCCCUCCAGGUGCUUGUACUUCAGCACCAGCCAGCCCAGCUUUACUCCAAAACCUGUGGAGGAUGCCAGGUUGGAGACAUACGGUAGUGCCACCAUCUCCUCCUUGGGUCUGGAUUAGGGAAAUAAUAUAAUGGUGUCCCCUAAAUUCUCUUUCUUUCUUUCUUUCUUUCUUUCUUUCUUUCUUUCUUUCUUUCUCAGAGUUCAAUUGCAUUAAAAAUUUCCUGACUGGGUGUGACAAGAAUGGCCAGCAAAGGGCCAGCAGCUUCUACCUCCACCGAAAGCAACAAUGCUGGCGGGACCAGUGGCAACAGCAGCAGCGGGGACGGGGCAAGCCAGGACAGCACUUUCGAGUGCAACAUCUGUUUGGAUACGGCCAAGGAUGCUGUGAUCAGCCUAUGCGGGCACCUCUUCUGGUCAGUAUCCUGGUGCUCUUGGCCAGUUGUUCAUCUGCUUUCUACGCCAAGCUCUUGAGUUGCCUACAUAAAUGUUAGAAAAGUUUGUGUGGGGUUUUUUUUUUUAAAAAAAACCCCCGCAAACAAAUACUGCUUCUCCACUCCCACUCCUGUGUGUGCCCCUCACUCGUCUCUCUCCUUGGCAGUGCCCCUGCCAGCCAGGUGUCAGUUGGGAAGUUCAGUUCCCCACAUCUGGCUCUUUGCAUUCUUCCCAUGGGAAUGAAUGGCAGCUGUUUAAUCCCAUGAGGGUGUAUGAAAGGGGUGCAGUUGUGGGCACAGUGAUGCCAGGUGUGCUAGGAUCAGGCCCCUGCUGUGGUCUGGGAUGCACUUGUUCAUGGAACUCAGUGAGAGCCACUGUAAGACCUGCUUUCCUAGUGCCACACCUUUACCUGGAGAGCCCUGCCCUCAGUGCUGUGGUAAACCUUGAGCGUGGCAGAGCCUGGGGACUGGCAUGAGUGCAGUUUUGCUGUUUUACGUAUUUGAUUGUGAAUGUAUAAACUGUUUAAUAUAGAAUGCCUUAAGUGGUGAAUGAAUGUGUAUUCAAACAUGUAUGAUAAAAUCGGCCAUAAGACAAAGCGGCUAUGGAAAAAUCAUCAUUAUUCUUGUUCUUAUUGGGAACGUAACUUCCAUUGUCCCUGAACACUGGCUAAGUCGUCGUAUGGAGGGGACACCAGGUUGAGGAAGGCCUUUGGCUUGCUUUUCCACAGCGCUGGUGAGAAGCCAGUUCUAGAUGCUGCCACACCUGUGCGGAAACAACUUUCAGCCCAAAAUACCCUCGUGUGGUCCUGUUAGUUCAUGCUCCAUUUGCAUACUCCAGUUUCACUGUGUUGGGUUCUUCUUUUUCUGAGGCUGCUGGAAUGUAAAGCUCAGCUGCCUCUAGGUAAAGUUGGGGUGAUUCUCUCCACCCCUCUGCCUCAUGCCCAUUUUAGAGUGUGUGCCCAGGACAGCUGUAUAAGCCAGAUUUUCCUUCUCCCUCCAUUCCUAUCAUUACUUAAAAUAAAAUAAUGCAUGAACAGGAAUUUCUGAUGCACUGGGGAAAUCUGCAGGCUGGCCAUCUGCCAUCUGAGUGCAAUGCAGGAAUGCUAAAGAACCCCUGACAGACUGCCACCAAACCUCUGUUUAAAAACCUCCAGUGAAGGAGAGUCCAUCACCUUCCGAAGGAGCCUGUUCCACUAUCGAACAGCCCUUAUUGCCAGAAAGUUCUUCCUAAUGUUUACUUGGUCUAACCUUUCUUGUAAUUUGAAUCCAUUGGAUCUGGUCCCACCCUCUGGAACAGGAUAAUGCAAGCUUGCUUCAUCUUCCAUGCAACAUUGCGACAGCACUUUAGAUAUUUGAAGAUGGCUUUCAUAUCAUAUCUCAGUCUUAUCCAGGCUAACCAUAUCCAACUCCCUCAACUGCAUAAGGCUUGGUACUACCUAGAAGAGAAGCAAAUUGUAUUAUCUGGAAGUGAAGCAAUUUUAAAAAAAAACACCACCCCUAGCUGCUUUCUUACUUAAAUAUUAUUGUUUUAAUACCCAACUGUGGAACCGGCAGGGCUGGAUUCCAGUCUAUUGCUUGCUCAGUGUAUUUUGAUCUCUCUCCCUUUUCUCCUCCUGCCUCCACCGCUGCUCUCCUCCUGCCCUGUGAACAAAUCAUUCUGGGAUUCUCAACAGUUGGCCUUGUUUACACCAGGUAAGGCAGCUAGCUUUUCUUUUGCUUUGUCUUUCAUCAGCUCCUCUUGCUCAGUCAACCCCUCAGCUCUCUGGGGGAACUGAGAAGGUGCAAUAUCCCUUUCAGUUUCUAAAUGGUGCCUGUGCACCAGAGAUCUCUAGGGCAACCCAAUCUGCUAAUAACUGUUUGCAUGCAAUAGUUUGUAAUCUGCAGCUUUUUCUGUGGGGGUGAUUGUUCUUUGUUGGAAGCUUCUAUUGGUUUCAGUGAGAUGGCACAGAUAAAUAAUAAGUAUCUGCGAGGUGGCUGAGUGUUCAGAGCACUUUUGUACACUCUCUUGGUGCAACAGCUCUGUAAAGGUAGGUCAGUAUAAAUAUGAAAAUGAGGUUACGUCAGUGUCACCUGCUUUUGUCACUGGCAAAAGUGAGGAGUUUCCAUCUCUGUGCCCUGCACCAACUUCCAAAUACUGGGGUGGGAGAGGCCAUAUGUUAGUGUGCAGCUUAAAGGCCUGAGGCAAGAGUUGUGGCCUGUUGUAUGUUAAGGGAUGCUGAGGAAAAAGUGUGGGUCAGGCCACAAAAGUGAUAGAAGAGUCUGCAUGCCACACAAUAGCCUUUGUCAACCUGGGGCCCUCCAGAUGUUGUAGAUUCCAGGUCCCACUGGCCUCAGCCAGCACAGCUGUACAAUGCUGGGGAGUUGAAGUACAUGCUGGCUGAAAUGAAGGUGUUUUAGAGUGAAAUAUCUAAAGGGAGCCAGAUAUUGCUGCCACAGAACCAUGCAGUAAAAAUGGUCCCAAAGUGCUGAGAGCAUGAGAAGAUGUUUGGCAGUGGCGGAGAGGCGGAGAUGAUUCCUUGUGCCCAGAAGAUUUUGUGAAUGGCACAUGCGAUGACACUUAGCAUAUGCUUUCGGUGGUGGUAUUAUGAUUCUGAUUCGUUAAUGUAUUUAAAUCCCACCUUUCUCCCAAAUUUGAUUCAAGGAGACUUACAGCAUUUUACAAACCUCGUUCUAAAACACAAAGGGAUGAAAACAAACUAGUUAAAAACCAUAUUUAAAAUAAAAUAAAUCACAUUCAGAACCAGCAUUAAAAUACUGAUUGCACCUCGUUUCCAAAGGCCUUUCUGAACAGGGAGGUCUUGGGCUGCUGAUGGAAAGAUAGUAAGGAAGGAGCCAGACUAGCCUCUCUAGAAAGGGAACUGCACAAUAGGGAGUCCUGUGUGCUUCAUGCAAGGCACAUCUCUAGUCUCUUGCUCAGGUUUGUUCAUUCUUUCCUGCCUUUUCAGUGGUUAGAGACCAGGCCCAAUCGGCAGGUGUGUCCUGUAUGUAAAGCAGGUAUCAGCCGCGACAAGGUCAUCCCACUUUAUGGAAGGGGCAGCACCGGACAGCAGGACCCCAGGUAAGAAUGUUGGAAGCUAUUUCCUACAGCUGUAGGGGUGUGCAGCCUUCCAGCUGUUGCUGAACUACAGCUCCCACUGGCCCGCAGGAAGCAUGGCCAAUGGUCAGGGAUGAUGGGAGUUGUAAUUCAGCAACAUCAGGAGAGCCAAAGGUGCCCCAUGCCUGUGUUACAAAAACAGCCUUUCUUUUGUGGGAGCCACAAGCCCUUAUGGAGUGGGAUUUGCAGAAGUGAACGUGGUGUGUUUAGGUGAUAUUGUUGCCAAAUGCCUGCAAAGCCUUCACCCAUCUGUAGUCUUAUCUUUUAAAAUCUCCCUGCUUGAACUGUCUGUAGCAGUGGUUCCCAAACCCUUUUGGGCUGCCACCCCCUUGGUUCCAUAAACUCAUCCCCAAUGCCCCCUAGUGUACUACACUAUUAAAAAAAGCAUUAUACAGAAUGGCACUUAGCAUAACCCACUAAGGAAGAUAAUAACACCGUCAGUUUGAGAACAACAACAAUUAGUUGCACAUUAAUCCAAAAUCCAAUUAAAACUAUUUAGUUUAAUUUGUUAACCUGUGGAAAUAAUUUGAGCUGGAAUUGGAGCAUUUGCCUGUGUACGAGAACUUCGCUAUUCCCCUUCACUGCAGGCUGAUAGACAAGGCUGAUUAGAGCAUGAGAACUGGGCAACACUGUUCAUGAAAAUGCAUUUGAGAUCCUGAGUGUUUCUAAGGAUUUAGAAUUAUGCAAUGUGGAUCUGUAGGAAUAAGUAACUUGAGCUGCUCUUUAAAAGAAACCAGUCUGAUAACAUCAGCCCCAAUAGGCACAUUAGUGCAAAAGACAUUUCAUUAUGCUAUGAAGCAUUGCUGUAAACUGUAAAAGUGGCAGUGAAAAGUGUUGUGACUCAUAUACUAGAUUAUCAAACGUUCUCAAUUCCUGCCUGGCAGGGGGCUGGACUAGAUGAGCCUCGGGGUCCCUUCCAAUUCUACAAUUCUGUGAUUCCUUAACUGCGAGAAGUGAGGUUACAGAAAACCAGGCAGAGAGCCUUCUCGGCAGUGGCGCCCUCCCUGUGGAAUGCCCUCCCAUCAGAUGUCAAGGAGAUAAAUAACUAUACAACUUUUAGAAGGCAUCUGAAGACAGCUCUGUAUCGAGAAGUUUUUCAUGUUUGAUUAUGUUUUUAUGUGCGUUGGACGCCUCUCAGAGUGACUGGGGCAACCCAGCUAGAUGGGUGGUGUAUAUUAUUAUUAUUAUUAUUAGUAGUAGUAGUAGUACUACCAGCUUAUUGAAGUCUGAUAGUCAUUUGCAGCUCCAUCACCCAGAUGCUGCCCCCUUGCCUCAAAUGCAAAGGUUCAACCCUUGGCAUUUCCAGUUAAAGCUGGGGAAAGAUUCCUUCCUGAAACUCUGGAAAUCUGAUGUCAGUCAGGGUAGGCAAUACUGAGUUGGAUGGGUCAGUGGACUGACUCAGUAUAGUGUCGGGCUGUCACUCAGUGGUAGAACAUCUGCUUUGCAGACAAAAAGUCCCAGGUUCAAUCCCCAGUGGCCUUUCCAGGGAGGGCUGGGAAAAUACUUCCUGCCUUAAACGCCAAAGAGUUGCUGCCAGUCAGGGUAGACCGUAGUGAGCUAGGUGGAGCAAUGGUCUAACUUGAUGUCAAGUAGCUUCCUAUAUUCCACUAUUGUGAAAGGUCUCCACCCUCUUACAGUCUGUGAUGGUCACACUGAUGCAACACUCUCUGUCUCUCUCUCUCUCAAAUAAUAAUGAUAAGAGUUUCAACAUAGGCCAGCAAUUAAAGAGGAAGAUAGGCAUGGAAACACCUCUUCAGCUACCCCAUCCCCCAUGGCUGGAAUGCAGUGGAAGGAAAGAAAGGAACUCUUGGGUCCAGGUGGUGUUCAUCAGGUCCCAGAGUUGACCAGAGCUGGGCUGGGCUUGACUGAAUGAAUUGUCUCUUGCAGAGAGAAGACACCACCACGGCCUCAAGGCCAGAGACCUGAGCCGGAAAACAGAGGGGUGAGUAAGCUACGAUUUGCAGCCUUUGGGGGUUACUUCUGUAUCUCCCAGAAGUACAAAUGAGACAAAAAGGCAUGUUGCUCACCCUUAGGGCUAUGAAGAGCAACAUACAAGCUUAAGCCAAAGCAUCAGAACAGCCUUGUUCUGUCUGGUGCCUUCCAGAUGUCUUGGACUACAACUCCUAUCAGCCCCAGCCAGCCUGCUGGCCGGAGCUGAUGGGUGCUGUAGUCCAAGACAUCUGGAAGGCACCAGACAGGGCAAACCUACAGGAGACAGUAGACUGGGUGACCUGCCAUUCUCCCAUACUUUUCCUUGGGUUGGAGAAUGAUUUUCCUUCUCCUCUGGGCACCUGUUGGCCCCUUGUACAUUCUUUUAGCCCUGUGGUCAGGAACCUCCAGCCCGUGGACCUAAUUUGGCCCAUGAGGCUGUUUUCCCUCAAGCCAUACCCAUCUGCCUCACAUGUCACAAUAUAUUGCAUCAGGUGUGGAGCAAGUAAAAAUACAGCCACAAAGAAACAACUGGAAGCCUUAAAAUGUGCUCCAAAUAGUUUCUUGGCAAGCACAGUUCUUAAAUUCAGUGUCACUGGGAUAGAUUCUGCUUGAGAGCUCCCAACCGGAGGUCCUGAACAAAGCCGAUUCCUGCCAAAAGUGGGACUUGAAGACAGCACUGAUCAGCUGUCCCACUCUUCCUCAUCCUCACAACAAUCCUGUGAGGUAGGUUAAGCAGAGAGAUUAAAUGGCCAGAGGUCACUCAGUGAGCCUCAUGGCUGAACAACGGUUUGAACCCUGUCCUCCUAAGGUCUCUUACUUUGAUGCUGAAAACACUGCACCACACUGGCUCUUAGUAACCAUGUUUCCUUUUUGUAGGAUUUUAUAAAAAUGUGGAUUUUGAAAGCCUGUGGGGACCGUGUAUGUAAACAGCCUCUGAUUAUAGUUGGUCUCCAAUAAGUCUGUGCUACUGGGGAAUGAAGAUUGAUAUGUGUAAACAUAGAGUGUGUGUAGACAUGGGGGUUAUGAAUAGCUGGCUGUGUGGGGUUGAGAGAUAUUGGACAGGCUGCAGAAUUUCCUAGCAUGAAGACGGGGAGCACACCUGACCUGAUGAAAUAAUUGCAUUUUUCCAUGCAAGGCAGCUUGGAGCCUCCAGGGUCUACCUGUGGGCCUCAUUGCUUCAAACAAACAGCUCUGUUGGGUGUCAUUAAGAAGCCUUUUUCUUUUCUCCGCACUCCCUGCAGAGUUGGUGGUGCCUUAUUAAAUCAGCAGCUGAACUUGAGAGCACCUUUUUAGCAGAUGCUGCUGCCAGCACUAAGACUGCUGGAGCACAAAAGCCUUGCUUGCAUUCUGCUCUACUGGCAUGGCCUUGAGGAUCAGCACAGAAUACCCCGUCUCUGAUCAGGUGGCCAGCAGCUGGUAGUACAAGCCAUGUGGCCUGUCCCACGUGAAGAGAGAGAGAGGCUCAGCUGUGGCAAGUUCUCUCAUUAGACUACAACUCCCAUCAACCCCAGCCAGCAUAUAUGAUGCUGAGGCUGAUGGGAAUUGUAGACCAAGACUAUCUGGAAAGCUCCAGGUUGUGGAAGGCUGGUGAAAUCCUGGUGCAACAUUUCCCACAUUCUUGAUAGGUGUGUCACACUUACUUUCUGGAUCUAAAUUGGAAACAAACUCCUCCACCUCGAAAAGGAUUCCUUUCAGACUGUAGUAAGGAGGAAAGGAGCUGGGUCCCUAUGUUUCUGCCUGUGUUGCGGCUUCUGUUGGCAGGCCUUUUAAUUUAUAAAGAUGCAAAGAGAUAAUGGUCUCUAAGAGCAGGUGUUUUGCUGCAUCUCUGCCUCAGAAGUGACAGGGCAAUCCAGACAUCCCCAUCAGAGGCUAAGUGGAAAGAGGUGAGAGCAGGAAAUCGUGCAGAGAUACAGUGAGCAGGCUCUUCUGUGAGGGGACACUUUGGGCUCAUGAGAGAGGUGCGGGUGUGGGUGUGGGUGAGUGUGUGGGUGGGUGGGUGUGUAAAUCAUGGCACACAGCCAGGGGCCAGUCAUAGUAAAUCAUAGAGAAGGCAAACAGGUCAGCAUUUCACUUUGUAAACUAGCAUGCUUGGAAGGUUUCAUUAUUCCCUCCCCCAUUUGUGGUUCUUUCCAGGGCUUCCAGGGUUUUGGGUUUGGCGAUGGAGGCUUUCAAAUGUCGUUUGGAAUUGGGGCAUUUCCUUUUGGUAUAUUCGCUACAGCAUUCAACAUAAACGACGGUCGGCCUCCCCCAGGUAAGGAGCACUUUCAAAUAAAAAAAACCCUAGCAAGCCCGCAAAUCAUUGGUUGCACUCACCAUAAUUAUAGGACUGGCAGAUCAAAAAAAAGCUGGCACCUGUCCAUUGUUCUUACGUUGCUGUUUGUGUAACCAGGGGUAAGUCCUGAUGUUUCAUUUGUUUAGAACCCUUUAAAUAUAGAUAAGCUAUUCUGUUUUUAAAACUUCAAUCAGAUGAGUGCUGCUUAUCUUCUGUUCCAUUUUUGUUUUGCUUUUUAAGUACAAAGUGAGAACAAUACAUUUCUGCUUAGCAGUUCACCUGUGAAGUGAUUCUCACUGGUAGUUUGUAAGGAACAGCCUCCAAGCUGAUUAGCAUCAGUGCUCUCUAUAUGGAGUAAAACCAGUUGAGUCACUUACGGUGGCCCUGAAUCCUGAGCAGGCUCCCUCCUUUGUUCAUGAGCCAAAGCCUUUGACAUAACUUUGGGGCUUCGGUGUCCUUUGACGUAAAUGUAUUUCAUGUCCACCACAGAAUAUAUUAAGUUUCCUGUCUCUUAUGUCAAGAUUUGAAAGCAAAUCUGAAAACCCUUGUGGGUUUGUACUAAUUAAGAAUUAAUUUUUUACUCUGCCAUUUGCUAACAGAGACUUCUUAAAACAAACGCUUUCAACUUGAAAUGUGCUGGGUGUUUUCAAUGACAGGCGCUCUAUCCUUACUUGAUCACCUUUCUGCUUUUUUCAUGGACACUGCGGCUGUUGCCUUGUCCUUCUUAGCUCUGGCUAUAUGCAGGGAGUCACAACAAUACAAGAUGUGGGGAUAUCACUAGUAAAGGGACCCCUGACCAUUAGGUCGAGUCGUGACCGACUCUGGGGUUGCGGCGCUCAUCUCGCUUUAUUGGCCGAGGGAGCCGGUGUACAGCUUCCAGGUCAUGUGGCCAUCAUGACUAAGCCGCUUCUGGCGAACCAGAGCAGCACACGGAAAUGCCGUUUACCUUACCGCCAGAGUGGUACCUAUUUAUCUACUUGCACUUUGACGUGCUUUCGAACUGCUAGGUUGGCAGGAGCAGGGACCGAGCAACGGGAGCUCACCCCGCCGCGGGGAUUCGAACCGCCGACCUUCUGAUUGGCAAGUUCUAGGCUCUGUGGUUUAACCCACAGCGCCACCCACGUCCCAAUAGGGGAUAUCACUAUUAUUAUUAUUAUUGUUUAAAUCACAGGCUGGCUUUCUGAGCAAAGCUCUCCCCAGGGUGGCUUAUGUAAUAUAUAUUUCCAGAAUGUAACAGCAAUGCAAAACGCAAUGUUUCAGCAAAUUCUGAGCCACUAUAAAAGUGAAAUGAUCCAGCAAUAAUAAAACACGUACACAACCCAGAACCAAAACAACCCGGUUUAUCCAUUUCACAGAGCAAAAAUAUAAUAUAUCGUUUGCUGAAACAGAGUCUUCAGAGCCUUCUCAGAGGCCUGCAGUGUGCUGAUGUUUUGAAUGUUGACAGGCAGCAAACUGCAGAUCCAGGGUGCUACCACUGAAAAGGCCCUGUCACCCCUGCCAUUUUCACUAACUGAGGCAGUGAGCAAAUGAGGAAGGCUGCCAUUGUUGAUAUGGGUUCAAGCAAUCCUUCAGAUAACUUGGGACAGUUGAAAGGGCCUAGUGAAGUCUUAUAAUGAAGAUGCAGAAUGCCGGCUGAUUCCAUGCUUUUCUGCUAUUGGAUCUGGAAAUACACUGCUUUUGUUUGCUGAGAGAGGUUCCCUUUUCUUUCUGUCUUCCCAGCGGUUCCAGGGACUCCCCAGUAUGUGGACGAACAGUUCCUGUCCCGCCUCUUCCUGUUUGUGGCCCUGGUGAUCAUGUUCUGGCUCUUGAUCGCUUAACCUUGCCCUGUAUUGUACCAUGGUUUGUGGGGCUCCGAACUGGUCACAGAUGACUGCUUCUUCUUCUCUGUGCCCCACUGCCAGCCUCUUGGUGUCUGGUUCCAUAGCUCAUGGGCUCCCGCAAGCCCCGAUGUCUGCUGCAGUGGGAGGAGGACUCUUGCUUAUUACGCCAGAGUAAAUGGAAUUAAAGGUCUCUCUUUAAAAGCAUUCUAAAGUCCAGCCAUGUGUCACGCAACAGGUAACUGGCUAAGGCUGUGAACCUAGCUUUGAGCUCCACGUGCCAAGAGGGAGCAUUGUUUGAAAUCAUGUGCCAAGCCAUUAAACCAGGUGCUGGCCCUGGAGGGAGAGUGGGUGGCAAGGCCAGGCAUGGAAACACUUGUCCUGUUUCUCAGGUGAGCCUUGCAACCCAACAGCACUGAAGGGAGAUCAAUGGACCGACUGCUUCAGAAUCCAGUUGCAUAGAUUGACCGAAACCCAACUUGCUCCUGGAAAUUGUCUUCUUAUGUGAGUACAACUUGGGAAGACCAUCAGGCGGCAGGUGAGGUCACCUUAGGAGUAUUCACUUCCUCCUGUUUCCCACCUGGCUGGCCUUUUCCCAGGGAUAUUUAAACAAGUUAAGGGAUAAGAGACUCUCUCACCCUGAAACAAUAAAAUACCCAAAACUUCCUGGAACCAGAUGGGGCAGGUUCUCUCAUCUCAGGGCUGGGGGUGGGGAUGUUGGACACCAGAGGGGUCCCCUCUGGGCUUGUUGCACAGCACACUUCCGCAUGGAUGAAAGCAGUGUUGUUUUCCUAAAACUUGUAUAACAGCUUUCAGCUCUUAAUUUGGAUAUAGAGAGUUCUGGUUACUGUAGUCAUUGACACUCAUUUGCUCCUUCCUGAGAUGAAUCCAACAUUGUCGUCUCCCCGUCCCCCAACUUCUUGGAAUGGUUGGUUUGGGGAAAAUGGAGGACAAUCUUCUUUUGAGCAUUUUGUUCUUCCCCCAUAGGAGUUUCUGCAUAGUGAGAAUAACAGCCUAACCUGGGGGCUUGUUCUCAAGCUCCAAGGGGUCAUUAGUUAGUGCGUGAGCUUUUUCAGACGACCAAAGCUAAUAUUUUGAAGGGUUGAUCAUGAGCAGGAGCCAGCAGGAAGUUCUCCUACACAAGCCCCAUUGAAACAAAUCAGAGCCAUGCUCUGGUUUCCACCUUUCCCAGCCUUGUUGUCUCUCCAUAUGUUGUAGUCCGGGAGUGGGGGACCUGCGGCCCCUCUUAGCCACAAUGCAUAUCACCAAUGGCCAGGGGUGAUGGGAAUUCUUGUUCAACAGCAUCUGGAGAGCCAAGGGUUCCCCACAUUUGUGAAUCCAACAUUGUCGUCUCACCAAAAUCUCACCAGGUUGGGGGAGCUUGUUCUUCGUUUCAGUGGGACCCACAUGGAAGAGCAUCCCACUUAAAUGGAUCUGAACUAUUUACACAAGGGAUUCCUUUGCAGGAGUGGAAGAAGCCUGGGAAUAUUGCUUUAAAACUGUUGCUGUUGAAUCCUGGGAGAGUCACAGGACCAAAAAUGAACCUUCCUCACUCCCUGACCUCACACUUUCUUGUAAAUCUAAGGGUCUCUUCUCAAAGACUCCUGGGUUUCUCUCUUGUUUUGCAGUGCUUUUGAUCUCGUUUUUUUCUCCCUACUCCUUUCCCAAUUUCUGUAGCAGCAAUUUUUUAUGAGUUGCUGAACAAAUCGCAGCCAGCAAUACUGAAAAGAACAAAUUGCAUAAGGGGGCUUCUUUUUUUUUGACUAAGGUCUGAUAGCAUAGUAAAAACCAGUCAUUCCCACAGUAGAAACCAGGAUGGUUGACCUUGCAUCCCCAGUAGUCACAGUGAGAGCGUUUCCCUUUUUUAAAAUGUAAAAUCCUUCUGUCUAUGGUUUUCCAAAAAGUGCUCAAGGGCCUGUCAGCGACAUAAAAAAGACUGUAACCUGUGCUGCCUCCCAGAACCUGCAUAGCUUAGAUUUGUUUUGUUAGGGGGAAAGAUGGUGCCACCUACUGUUGAUAGGGUAAAGUGAAUACCAUCAUAAUAUAUAAGGGAUCUCUGGCAUUUCCUUCUUUUUACAGUUCAUGAAAAUGAGUACCAUGGAACUAAAGCUGCCCUUCUGAAAGCAAUCUUGUUAAACGGUUUGCUGUAAAGCUUUUUUUUUUUUUAAGAAUAAAAUCUGUGGCAAUUGGGAAAGAGAAAAUUGUUACGGAUUUAAAAUAUUAAAGCAGAUUUGACUGCCUUGGACCUUUUAAACAUGUGGAGUAUUAUAUUUUUGCCAGCUGCUACCUGAGCAGAAGGGGAUCUGUCAACCAAGGUGACCACAAAAGUACCUAGCCUGAUUCAGAAGGUGCUGGAUUGGGGUGAGUCCCACUGAUAAUGGCUCGUGUGGGUUGUAUACUUAAUGUUCAAACGGUCCAGUCUCCAUAUUUUCCUGAAACAGCAAAGGGUUUUGUGGCAUCUUAAAGACCAGCAAGUUUAUUGUAGUGUAAACUUUCUUGGACUCUACAGCCCCACUCUGUUGCCUGCACCUGUUGGAGUUGUCUUUAAUGGAGGCAGAAGAUUUUGCAGUCUAACCUGCUUUUUAAGGUGCCAGAAAAACACUCUGCUGUUUGAAUUUCUACAUACAAACACGGCUUCUCCUCUGGAAUGUCAUAUUUUACUUGUGGGUUUGAAAUGGCCUCUGGAGUUCCCCUUUCCCCUGCUGUGUUGUUUUUUUUUUGUAUUUGUAUUCUUUUUCUCUCUCCCCCCCCCCCAAAAAAAUCAUGUAUUGAUUGUACUUGGCCUAUGGUUAGCAAAAGAUGGCACCACUGUGCAACACCAUUGUGAUUCACUAAUUUUCACUGUUGUGAAAGUAAUUUAGAAUAAACACAUUUUUACAUUACCUUACGUCUGCGUGGAAUUCUUCUUGUUCCUGUCAUUUAGUCACCUGCAGCCAUAGGAAUGUUGCUGAAGAGGUAAGUCAGCCAUAUUGUUUGAAGUAAAGGCUCUGCUUAUACACCUGCUGAUAUUUGGGGCCUCUUAAGUCUAAUCAGCGUAAUCAUGUUGUUACUCAUAUGCACCUUGGUACUAUCACAAUGGUGGGAUGCAGGUGGCGCUGUGGGUUAAACCACAGAGCCUAGGACUUGCCGAUCAGAAGGUCAGCGGUUCAAAUCCCUGCGACGGGGUGAGCUCCCGUUGCUCGUUCCCUGCUCCUGCCAAC